AUGUCCUCAAUUCCCUCUUCAAUCGAUAAAGACGCGAAAAACGAGGAGGAGGAUUCGUACGCCUCCGAAAUCCUCCAGCGUCUGGACGAUUUGGGCGUCUCAAUUCCUCCAAACACCUCGCCGAAAACGCUCCGAAAUCACAAACAUUCCCCGCUGGAAUUUACAAAGAUAGCGCAGCACUUAGCGUGCGCGAUUGGACCUUUAAUCAAAAUGACCGGCGCGGAUAACGUGAACUUAGCGUUGCAAUCGUGCGUGACCUUGAAGAAUAUCCGAGGGGCGAGCUACGAGGAUUGCGCGAGCCGAGCGUUAGGAGCGCUGGCGGUGUUAGCGACCAUGCUGGACGAACGAUUCAGAGAUAAAAUCGGGACGUUUCGAGUGUUUGAAAUACUCGUGGCGUAUUUACAAGCGGCGAGAUUGAUGAAGGAAAGCAUGGAGAAAAAGCAACGAGAGAAGGAGAAGACAUCACAACAAACGACGAAAGAGGACGAGAGAAAGACGAUUCAGACGAUGAAAAGACCGCCGACACCGAACCCGCUAUUUAACGAGGUGUUUCGAGAGUUGGAGCACGCUGCGGGGGAGAAGGCGUACGGGUAUCACGCGGCGCACACGGCGAAAGAGAUUGCGAUUGGCGCGAAGCGCGUCGCGGAGACGUUUUCGGCGAGCGCGAAGGAUAAAUCGGUGUUAGAUAAGCAUAAGGGUCAAGUCGUUGAACGGAGAGAGAUCGAAGCAAUGACGGAACAGGAAGUGGAGAUUACGAGAGAGGCGAACGACGCGAUCAAGGCGGAGUUCAAGAAGAGGAAAGAAAUGAUUGCGAAGAGAGCCGGCGUGAGCGUCCAGUCGUUGACAAAGAGUAGCAAUAAUAACAACACCAACAAUAGUAGCAAUCAAGGAACGAAACGGACGAGAAAGAUGGAAGAUUUGGAUAGCGCAAAGUACGAAAAUGAUGCGUUUUCGUUGGCUUCGUACGAUGGAGGUAACGGCGGCGAUAACCUCGACAUCGCCUUUCCGGAUUCGUUGUUCGAUAUGAGAGGCGCAGAUGUCGCAAAAUCUGGUCUGAAAGCUGGAAGUGGUAGGAGUAGACAAAAAACGAGGUUAGUUGGCGACGAUGGGUUCGAUGCAAAGACAGUAACGAUUGGCGCGGUGCCAGACAGAGGAGGUCGAGUGGACGAGAGCGGAAGGUUCGUCGCUAAAUUCAAAGGCGGAAAGCCGGGAGGAAGCAAAGGCGAAACCAGCGAGGCCACGACGAAUAACAACAAGCGUCAAUGGAGAAAGCGAAAGUAA